GAAAAGGGGAAGAAAAAGGAGAAGGGGAAGAACAAAGGAAAGAAGGAGGAUAAGGAGGUGAAAGGGGCAAGUGAGGAGCAGGUGAAAGCACCGAUUGCAGCUCCAGAGCCUGAGCUGAAAACUGAGCCGGACACUGAACAGGCUCCUGAUCAGCACUCGAUAAGCAGCGGAGAGACACAGCCUCAAGAGGAGCACAAGGAGGAAGCUGCGAUAAAGAAGGAGCCCGAGGUUGUAGAAGAAGCAAAGGAGGAGGACACAGAGAAAAAAGAGGAAGAACCAGCAGAACAGGAGAAAGAAGCCAAAGGAGAGGAGGAGGCGAAGAAGGUGGAAAAGAAGGAGGAAAAGAAGGAAGAAAAGAAGGAGGCAAAGAAGGAGGCAAAGAAGGAGAAGCCUGUUAAAGACAAGAAGACAGAGAAGAAGGCAGAAGAGGCUAAAGGCUCUAAACGUCAGAAAACCAUGCAAUGCAAAGUCACCUUACUGGACGACACUCAGUUUGAGUGUGAGCUUGAUAAACAUGCUAAAGCCCAAGAACUUCUAACAAAGGUGUGCGACCAUGUCAACCUGCUGGAGAGGGAUUACUUUGGCCUCGCCAUCUGGGAAAGCCCAACCAGCAAGACAUGGUUGGAAUCCACCAAAGAGAUCCGGAAACAGGUUUCAGGUGCUGUGUACGAGUUUACAUUCAGCGUCAAGUUCUACCCUCCUGAUCCAGCACAGCUCACUGAAGACCUCACCAGGUACUUUCUAUGCCUCCAGCUGAGGAAGGACAUUAUACGUGGUGUUCUCCCCUGUUCCUUUGUCACACUGUCCCUGCUGGGCUCCUACACAGCCCAGUCAGAGCUCGGGGAGUAUGACCCAGAGCUCCAUGGAACAGAUUAUGUUAAGGAUCUGAGCCUGGCCCCGGGACAGAGCAAGGAGCUGGAGGAGAAGGUGAUGGAGCUGCACCGCACAUACAGGUCAAUGAGUCCAGCCCAAGCAGACAUGUUAUUUCUGGAAAAUGCCAAGAAACUUGCCAUGUAUGGAGUUGACCUGCACCAAGCUAAGGAUCUUGAUGGUGUCGACAUUACGCUGGGGGUUUGCUCUAGUGGCCUGAUGGUUUACAAGGACAAGCUGAGGAUCAACCGUUUCCCUUGGCCUAAAGUGCUAAAGAUCUCUUACAAACGCAGCAGCUUCUUUAUCAAAAUCAGGCCAUCAGAGCAAGAGCAGUAUGAAAGCACCAUUGGCUUUAAACUGCCCAACUACAAAGCCUCAAAGAAGCUGUGGAAAGUUUGCGUUGAACAUCAUACCUUCUUCAGAGUUCCAACAGUAGAGCCGCCGUCAUCACGUCGCUUCCUCGUCUUGGGCUCCAAGUUCCGAUACAGCGGACGUACUCAGGCCCAGACCCGUCAGGCCAGUUCCUUGAUUGACCGCCCAGCCCCUCGUUUCACACGCUCUGCAAGCAAGAGGCUUUCACGUAACCUAGAUGGAGCUGGAGAUGACACUCUCCAGUUCCUGCAGCAACUCUCAGCAUCAACCAGGUCUGAGGUUGAUGAUUGGUUGCUGCUGCUGACAUCUGACAAACCUCAGCCUUCUUCUGAAUUCUCAGCCAGAGGGGAGCAGACUUUCAUUCAGUCCAGGGAGGAAGGGCAGUCUGUUCACACACUCACAGCAACCUGGCAGGACACUGAGACUGGGCAGACUGGCUCUCAAACCAUCACCCAGUCAGUCAGUCAGCCGUGGCAGGAGCCGGCGUCUGAUGAGCAACAGCAGAGGAGAAAGGAGGACGAGUGGUUUGCCAUGUUCCAUCGUCAACCUUCUUUUCCUCUUCUCCCAGCUUUUGAUUUUGUGAAACAGCCAGCUAAGAUCAGCUUGGCAAAAAUUAGCUCUAUGGACCGGCUCUUGCAGCCAAAACUGAAGCAGCAAGAUGACUGGUUCCUUUACUUUGACCGAAUCUUCAGCCUAUCCUCGCUUGAGCGUGUUGACAAACCAACCUCUCCUCGAGUUCACUUCCAGCUCCAGGAUGAGGAUGAGCAGAGCAUGCGUGUGUCAGAGCAGGAACUGACCAGGGAGGAGGUCAUUGAGAUGUUGCAGGAAACUGUGACCUUGGUAGACAAGAUGAAAGAGGUGGUUGUUCUGGAAAAGAGGCUAAAAGAAGUGAAGGAUUUAGAGGAAAGGCUCCAAGAGGUGGAUGAAAUGGCAGAGAGACUUCAAGGAGUAAUAGAAGAGGAGUUAGGUAAAGAAGAAGUAGAGAAAUUAAGAAAGGAAGAGAUGGAAUUUGAGCAGAAAGAACACGCUGAACGCAUAACAGAAAAAGUCAUGAUGGAAUCUUUAAGGACAGUAGAGAUAAAAGAAGAGGAGGUGGAUGAAUUGGAAGAGCAGAUAAAGCAGGUGUUUUUGAAAGGCUUGCUGCCUGAAGAUGAAGAGGCCGAGAUGAAGAGGGAGAGUAAAGAAGAAGUGACAGAUGACAGUCUGUCAGAUGAUAGCUUGAGAGAGAAGCUAUGUCAGAUAGAGAGGGAAUGGAAAGAGGAUGUAGAGGAGAACUUCGAGUCUGGAUCUUCAGAUGUCACCACUUCCACAUCUGUAGUAACAUCCCAGAAGGUGGAGAGUAACACUAAGAGGACAGUGACUAUUGUAGAAGAGACAGGGCAGAGGCAGGAAGAUGUUCAGGUACAGAGCAGUGUAAUUAGGUCAGAGGAGAGGCUAGAAAAUGUGGGUACAUGGCGUAAGACAGAAACGCAAGAGACGAUAACUGAGAGAGAAGUUAAAGAGAGGCUUCACACUCAGGAUCGAUCUGAGGUGGCAGAGGAGGAUGUCUGGUUCAUACUUUUUGAUCGGCCUCCAUUCAAAGCUGUUUUCAAACCACCAGUUACCAUCAGGGAACGUGCUCAAGUGGUGGAUGAAGGCGAGUAUUUCUCAACACAGAGUAAGAUUGAAACAGUUGAAGAGAAAACGGAGAUAAUAGUAGAGGAAAGACAAAUAAAAGAAGAGGAAGUACGGCGUAUACUUCAGAUCCCACCACCACAGACCAUCAUUGAAAGAGUUGAUGACUGGUUUUUGUUGCUGGAUGUUGUUCCCAUUGAAUCAUCAUAUGUACCACCAGUUACCUGGAAGGAGAAAGACCAAAUCGGAGCAGAGAGUUUUGUCUCUGUGACUCAAACUGCAGUCAAGGAGGAGAUUAAAGAAGUAGUAGCUGAAGAGAGAAAGACAGUGGAAGAGGUACCAAGACUUCUACAAGAAAUCCCACAACAGCCAGUGACAAACAGAGAUGAUGACUGGUUUGUGUUGCUGGAUGUUGUUCCCAGAGAAACGACAUAUGUACCACCAGUUACCUUGAAGGAAAGAGACCAGCUGGAUGCACAAAGUUUUGUCUCUGAGGCUCAAAGUGCAGCCAAGGAGGAGAUUAGACAAGUAGAAGCUAUAGAAGAGGCACCAAGACUUCUACAUGAAAUCCCACAGCAGCCAGUGACAGUGAGAGAUGAUGACUGGUUUAUAUUGCUGGAUGUUGUUCCCAGAGAAGCAUCAUAUGUACCACCAGUUGCUGCUGCAGAGCGUGUUGAAGUGUCCCCAGGAGAACAUGUCUCUGUGGUUGAAAUUACAGCUCUUGAGCGGAGAGAAAAAAGGGGGAAGAUUGUGGAAGAAGAAACAGAAAUGAAAGUGCUGAGUGUGAAGCAGGUAGUAUCUCUGCCUCUGCCACAGGCUGCGAGAGAGAUAGAAGAUGACUGGUUUGUGCUGCUGGAGGUUCCCACUAGAGAACCAUCAUAUGUGCCACCAGUUACCAUGGCUGACUACGUUCAGGUUUAUCGUGAAGAGAGCAUUUCUACUGUGGCUGAAACUACAACAGAGUCCAGGAAGGAGGUUGUAGUUGAAAAGAUCGUGGUGCAGAAAGAGGACAGGGCACAGCAGAAAAUAUCCCAGCCAGUCAGAGAAAGAGAUGAUGACUGGUUUCUUCUGCUGGAUGUUGUUUCCAAAGAAACUGCCUAUGUACCUCCAGUUAUUCCUGUUGAGAUUGUUCCGGAUAUGAGGAAGACAUUUGAAGUUAAGGUGACAACCACAGAGUCUACAACAUGGAAGAAGAUGAUAAUUGGUGUGGACAGCAGGCAAGAUGAGACACGUCUGACUGAAAUUAGACCUAGACAAAUGGCACCACCGUCAGAGAGAGAGGGAGGAGAUGAUUGGUUUGUCCUGUUCGACAUCAUCCGCGAAAAGCCAGUUGUCAUACCGCCAGUUGCUGUGGUUGAGCGUAUUGUGAAUGUGGUAGCAGCCACUGAACCAAAACCAAAACUGAUGAUGGAAGAUGUGAGGCCCCCUGUGAAGUUAGUGGAGAUUAAACCACCACAGCCGAGACAGGUGGAUGAUGACUGGUUUGUGCUGCUAGAUGUUGCAGCCAAAGUUCCAGUGGCUGUGGACGAACGUAUCCGUGUGUAUCCCGAAGUAAGACCAACUAAAGAGUUUGCAGCCUUAGAGCAGAGAGCACAGCUGAGAGUUACUACGGUGGAGGAGACAUGGCAGCAGGUGAAGGUAGUACAGGAGAAGCCGCGUCCAGCAGUGAGAGAAGUGGAAGAUGAUUGGUUUAUUCUUCUGGAUGUGGCCACUAAGAAAUCAGUUGCCGUCCCUGAGCACACCCAGUUCCCAGCAGAAGUGAGAGUUCCAGCUGCUGUGGCCAAAACAAGGAUCGCUAUUUCCGAGAGGAGACCCCAGUUUGAGAAACGAAUCCUGGAAGAAAGACGUCCACUCACACAAACACAUGUCAACGAUGAUUGGUUUGUUCUGCUAGAUGUUGGCCUCAAAGAGACAGUAGUGAGCACACAGAGGGGCACCCGUCCUGUCAGUGCUCCGGUCUUCUCCCAGGCCGCCCUGGCCGAGGCGGGGAUCCCCAUGGCGCCUCUGGAUCAGCCCCAGACCUCCACUCCAAUCAAGACCAGCCGCCAGGAGGAAAGAAAGCUGGAGGUCACUGUAGAAGCUGUGGAGCCUUCAAAAAUCGAGGCUGUGGCUGAGAUCAAGCCAGCAGUGUGGAGGGACCAGAGAGAAGUAGACUCUUCACUGAUAUCCACCAUCAAUGGGGACAUUCAGCACGAGUCUGAGGUGACGGUCACGGAGGUGGUGCGAAUGCGAAAGAAAAGAGCUAAGAAAAUUGAGGGUGACUCAAUUUAUAUAAGACAUAGCCUUUUAAUGUUGGAGGAGUUCGAUAAGCCUCAGGAGGACCUGCUCAGGCACCAUGCCAGUAUCAGCGAGCUGAAGAGGAACUUCAUGGAAGCCGCCCCGGAGAGCAGACCCAGUGAGUGGGACAAGCGCCUCUCCACACACUCUCCGUUCCGCACCCUGGGUAUAAAUGGUCAGCCGCUGCCCAGUGCAGAUGGGAGUGUUUGCAUUAGCCCCCUUUGCAAUGGUUCAGAGACAAAGACAGAACACGAGGAAACCAGCAGCAAUGUGGGCUUUUCGGGCAUACCAAGUCCUGCUUUGAGCCACAAGAGUGAGCCUGAUUGUGUUGAAGCUCCUGGUGCUCCAGCUGAGGAAGAAUCAUGUGAUCAGGACGAGGUUGUAGUUUUUGAGACCUCUUUGGUGCCCAUCGUAGAGGUGGAGAUGGCGCAGCUGCCUCCCUCUCCCGGCCUAUCCCCUAAAGUUUUAGAUGGGAUCCAGGAGGAAGAAGGAUCGUGUCCCGAAUUGUCGGAGCACUCCGGAAAGAUAUUUGGAUCCUCCCCAGCUUCCUAUUUCAGGAGUGAUGGUCCACAGGUCGUACGCUGCUUCCAGCCCCCUCUGGUGCAGACCCAGACAGUCACCAUCACAGCAGUCUCCAACUCCUUACCCAGUGGCAUCUCCACCACAGAGGUCCCUAUCGUCCCGACCAAGACCUUCAUCUAUGAGUCUUCAAAGGUGGCAGUUGAUGGGACAGACGAGGACAAAGACAACACUACUGUGUCCAGCUCCAAGACUGUUUCUUCAGAGACCACCAGUGGCACCUCAGUCACCACGACUACCACUCACAUCUCAAAGGUGGUGAAAAGCGGAUCUACAGAGACUCGUGUGGAGAAGAGAAUCGUCAUAACUGCAGAUUCUGACAUUGACCAAGAUAAGGAGAAAGGCGGCGGAGCAUCAGCAUUGUAACUGAAUCACCACCUGCAUUUAUUCCUUUGACUCUCCACCUCUGACACACACUUGACCAGCUGAUCUGCGCACACACAUCCAAAAGAAAUAUCUCAUAAAUCUACACCUAACUUGCUGAGUAGAUAAAUCUUUGUAGAUCCUCUUUGUUUUUUUUGUUUUUCAGUUGUAGUUAGAGGAGGGCUGCACAAUACUUAUCCCACCUGGGUUUUAAAAAAGCUUAGUGAUCACAUUUUCAUUGUUUAAAAAACAACAUUUUCAGUUGAGUGAUCUCAGUUACGUUUGCUUUUAAAUGCUUUUAUUUUCCUAGUGGUUUUUACAUUGUUGAUUUUAUACAAUGCACUGUUUCCAUUCUUGUUUAGAAACCAUCAUCAGCAUUUAUUCCCUUGGUGCUGCUCGGGGAACGUUAAGACUUCAUUCAAGGGAAUUCUCUUUGUCAUUGUUUACUUGUCUAUUAAAUUCAGGAGAGACAUCUUUUUUAAAACAUCAAAUGACAUACCUCGCAUCAAUAUGUGAAUUAAGAUAUUCUGUGCUCAAAUUUGGACAGUUUUUUGGCUUAGUUCACGGCUCAGGUACAAAAACAAAAACCUAAAAAAAAUCUUUUCUUCCCUUACCAGCCAGGAACCAGUAGCCUACACAUUAUUGUAAAGUUUGAACUAAAUAUGGAUCUAUUUUGAAAUAUUUCUCUAUUUUAUAGAAAUGAUGCUUUUAUAGUAUUUGUACAAAUUUGAGGUUUUUAAGUUAUUCAUCCAUCUGCUCAUUACGUUGUAGGUUACCAUUGUGCUGUUUACUGAAUUUUGAGGUCUCUACUUAAGCUUACCUGUCUUGCCUGACACCCUGAAUCAUUCUUAUUCGUUUCCUCUUGUAGUCCACCAAGUUUAUCAAACCUUUCAUGAUUUCAAUGGAGUGCUUCCCUCAGCCCCGUUUUGUUCAGUAGCAUAGAAGUCAUAACUGCUUUGAAUAUAUUUGGUUGAUAAGAAAUGUUUCACAAGCUUCGGUCUGUCUAUCUCAGGUUUUGAUAUUCUUUGUAAGACUACAGACCUCCAUAUGAUUGUACGAGGAAUGUCCAUAUAUGUAUAUCCAUCCCUACUUUAAAUGUACAUUUAUGUUCAGCCAAGUGAGGUCAAUAAAUGCAAAGCUUGUCUGUCACAGUAACCACACAUGUAAGAGGUGAAGGCAGCUGUCCCACUAUAUGUGGCUUUUCUCUCAUAGGAGCACAAGUUGUCUUUUUUACAUGUUCUACUAUACAGUAAUUUAUUUGUAAAGUAGGAACUGUCUCGUGUGAUUUGAUGUACUGUGAUGUUUCAACACAAGCUGGUUUCCAGGCUUCCACUAGAAAUGUCACAAUGUUAAAUAUUGCAUUAAUUAUCAACCAAGUUUGUAAAGCCUUUUUACCACAUAGUCUAUGUAGGUUGCUCUCUCACUUGCUGUUUCCUGUGCUUUUUCAUAGAAGAGAAAAUGCUUAAAAUAUAUACAAAUCCCUUUUUAGAUAGCGUGUUUGUUAGCAAACGUUUUUAACCCAAAAGAAGCCAUUGGUAUCGUAGCUACAAGGACAACAACAGAAACCUCUCCUCAAAGAAAAAAUGUAGAAUUUCACAUGAAGAAAAUAGUUUUUAGACAAUGGAAAAUAUUGUUGCUUUGUCACUUAUCCCUGUCUUUUUAUGAAAAAAUAAAAUAUGCAUUAUUUUGCAUUUUA